UUUAAGUUGUAUCGUAAUGCUAGCGGCGUCGGUUGCAAGUUAUGAAAUUGUGCACAUAGCUAGUAACUAAUUACCGCGUUAGCAAGCUAGCUGCACACAUGUAGAGUUAAUUCAAAGUAGUCAUCUCAUUUGUCAAUGAGUUGAUUAGUCUGCUAGCUAACUAGCUGAAAAUGCAGUAAUGGGCCUCAGUAUUCAAACCAGUUUUCUAUACAACCAAGAUGUGUCAAUUCAACAAUGACAGCUUGCUUGAGCUGCUGUACUUGCUAGCUAGUAGUUGUUGGGUUGGCUAAACUAACGUUAACAUGUAGCUAAGUGGUUAGCUUAGGCUAUAUCAAGAGUUUAGCUAACAAUCAAAUGACUAUUAGAAUUAUUUAGAUAAGCUGUUCGACUAACUAGUUUGCUCACUAGCUGUAUGCCAAACAAAGACACAACCAUUGUAACACACAACCAGCUAGCUAGCUUCGAAAUAGUUAGCCAAGCUUGUGGUGAUGCUGACUCGUUGUAGAAAAAUGGCUGAUAUAAAUGUGGUUAUAGAGUAAUAAGUGUAUCCACUAUCUUAACAGUGUAGUGCGAGCACCUCACGUUCUGACGCACAUGGGACCACAGCUGUUCUGUACCUGCAUGAAAGAACGAAUGGACUGAAGGUCACCUUCAGUGGAACUGCACAUUUCAAGAAAUAGAGGGGUUCUAAUCGAUGUGAAGUAAUUUCACACGCCGUUUUCUAUUAAUAUUAACGACUUUUUUCCAGUUAGUCCAUCAAAUGCAUGCUAUUUUUGUGACCUAGUAAUAUCGAAGUGACUAGAUCACCAAUGUCCCCGUUAGUUGGCAUGAUACCUUCCCGAUCCCCCCUCCCGUUCAGAAUCGGAGAGGUUGGCUGUUCCUCGACCGGGAAGCGGAAGCUGACCCUUUGAGAAAAGUCAUGGUGCUUGCACGGAGAGAGAAGGUUAUUCUUGAGACAUUCUGAGUCAUAUAGCCGAUUCCCCCAACCACCCCCUCUACGUGGUAACCCUGACACUGCGUUACCCUUGACGUUGAACAAGGGCGCGCCGGUUGCAGUUGUCUAGGAGAGAAAACAGCCCCUCCACACUGCAGGCCCCACUUGUUGUUAUUUAUGGCACAGUGCAAGCACAGUGGUGAUGAAUGGGGGCAGGGCCCACUAUCAUUCGGAGGAGGAGUCCAAGCAGGAUGGGGGUGGUGACAUGGACGGUGGGGAGGAUUCUAACGAACAGGAAGUGAUUGUGAUUCAGGAUACAGGUUUCACCGUGAAAAUCCAGGCACCCGGGACGGAGCCUUUUGACCUCCAGGUUUCACCCCAGGAGAUGGUGCAGGAGAUCCACCAGGUGUUGAUGGACCGUGAGGACACCUGUCAUCGUACCUGUUUCUCCCUGCAGCUGGACGGCAACGUGCUGGAUAACUUUGCUGAGCUCAAAUCCAUCGAGGGCCUGCAGGAGGGCUCCCUUCUCAAAGUAGUGGAAGAGCCCUACACAGUGCGCGAGGCCCGUAUCCAUGUGCGUCAUAUCAGAGACCUGCUGAAAAGCCUGGACCCAUCUGAUGCCUACAAUGGAGUGGACUGCAACUCUCUCUCCUUCCUCAGUGUCUUCACCGACGGGGACCUAGGAGACAGUGGUAAGCGGAAGAAGAAGGGCAGUGAUCUGGAGCAGAUAGACUGUACCCCUCCAGAACACAUCCUACCUGGCAGCAAAGAACGCCCCCUGGUGCCCCUCCAGCCACAGAACAAGGACUGGAAGGUAAUAAUGACGCCCAUGCAGUGCCUGAAGGUCCUGACUAUGAGUGGCUGGAACCCCCCCCCUGGCAACAGGAAGAUGCAUGGUGAUCUGAUGUACCUGUAUAUGGUGACUGUUGAGGAGAGACACAUCAGUAUCACCGCCUCCACACGUGGCUUCUACCUCAACCAGUCGACCACCUACACCUUCAACCCCAAGCCAGCCAACCCCAGCUUCCUGAGCCACUCGUUGGUUGAGCUGCUGAGCCAGAUUAGCCCUGCCUUCAAGAAGAACUUCACUGUCCUGCAGAAGACAAGGGUCCAGCGGCAUCCGUUUGAAAGGAUAGCCACACCCUUCCAGGUGUACAGUUGGACCGCCCCCCAGGUGGACCACACCAUGGACUGUGUCAGAGCUGAGGACGCUUACACCUCCCGUCUAGGCUACGAGGAACACAUACCUGGACAGACGCGAGACUGGAAUGAGGAGUUGCAGACGACCAGAGAGCUGGCCCGGAAGAACCUGCCUGAACGCCUGCUGAGAGAGAGGGCCAUCUUCAAGGUCCACAGUGACUUUGCGGCUGCUGCCACUCGCGGUUCCAUGGCGGUGAUCGACGGCAACGUGAUGGCCAUCAAUCCUGGUGAGGAGACGCGUAUGCAGAUGUUUAUCUGGAACAACAUCUUUUUCUCUCUGGGCUUCGACGUCCGCGACCACUACCGUGAGCUGGGCGGAGACGCUGCUGCGCACGCUGCACCCACCAAUGACCUCAACGGUGUCCGGGCUUAUGGGGCCGUAGACGUGGAGGGGCUGUACACCCUGGGGACAGUGGUGGUGGAUUAUCGUGGUUACCGUGUCACGGCCCAGUCGAUCAUCCCUGGCAUUCUGGAGAGAGAGCAGGAGCAGAGCGUUAUCUACGGGUCUAUCGACUUUGGGAAGACAGUGGUGUCUCAUGGGAAGUACCUGGAGCUUCUGGAGAGGACCAGUCGACCACUCAAGGUCCAGAGACACAAUGUGCUGAAUGAGAAGGAUGAGUCCGUGGAGCUGUGUUCCUCUGUUGAGUGUAAGGGCAUAAUUGGCAACGAUGGACGCCACUACAUCCUGGACCUUCUGAGGACUUUCCCCCCCGACCUGAACUUCCUGCCUGUGGAAGGAGAGGAGCUUUCCCCUGAGAGUGUGCGGCAUGGUUUCCCCCGCCAGCACCGCCACCGUCUGGCCUGCCUCCGACAGGAGCUCAUUGAGGCCUUUGUCGAGCACAGAUACCUCCUCUUCAUGAAGAUGGCAGCACUCCAGCUGAUGCAGCAGAAAGCUAACAAGGAGAGCAAGAUGGCCACCCUGACAGAGAAUAGCAGCCCUGAGGCAGCCGUUCCAGCCCUGCCCUCCACGGAGAACCCUGAUGCUUCAGCCAAGUCCUCAGAAACUUCCACAGAAACCCUCACUGACGGCAAGUCAGACGCAGUCCAGAUAGAGACCACCUCCACCUCUGAUGCCCCUCAGCCAGCAGCAACAGAAGCCACCACCAUAGGAGCAGCCCCCAAGGCAGAACAAACAACAGAAACGGACAGUCCCUCUGCUGCAGCAACAACCAUUAAUGCCUCCCAGGCAACCCCUACAGAGGAUAAUGUGGUUCCCACGGUGACCACCAAUGGGCCAUUGGUGCCUGUUGCCACAGCGAUUCAGAAUGGGGAGUGCGAGAGCCCUCUGGAGGGUAAGGCUGAGGAUAGUAUCCCGGGCUUAGCCCAGGCCAAAGAGCUGGCUGAGUCCUUAGCCGCGGAAGAUGGAUCCGUUAUCGACCCUAAAAGCCGUGAGGUUGUCCUCAACGCCUGCAAAGCCGUGGGUUCCAUCAGCAACACCUCCUUCGACAUCCGCUUCAACCCAGACAUCUUUUCUCCAGGAGUUCGUUUCCCCGAGGACAGUGUGGAUGACAUUCAGAAACAGAAGCAGCUGUUGAAGGAUGCUGCAGCCUUCCUGGUGUCCUGUCAGAUCCCCUCUCUGGUGAAGGACUGUCUGGACCACAGUGCUCUGCCUAUGGAUGGAGCCACACUGACUGAGGCUCUGCACCAGAGGGGCAUCAAUGUGCGUUACCUAGGCAAUGUGCUGGAGUUUGUGGACAAGACCCCAGCCAAGGCACAGCUGGAGCACUUCUAUAGAAUAGGUAUCAGCGAGUUGAUCACCAGAUGUGCGAAACAUAUCUUCAAGACAUACCUCCAGACUAUGUACUCCAUCUCCCAGGGUGUGGAGUUGUCGGCCCUCUCAGCCGCUGUCAGCCACUUCCUCAACUGCUUCCUGUCCUCCUUCCCUGAUGCCGUGGCACACCUGCCUGCCGACGAGCUCGUGUCGCGCCGCAAGAACCGUAAACGCCGUAACCGAGUCCCGGGGGGAGGGGACAACACGGCGUGGGCCAGCCUGACACCCAGUGAGCUGUGGAAGAACAUAGUCUCUGAGGCCCAGAGCUACUACAACUUCACUCUGCACUGCGAGAAUGCUGACCAGGUAGUGGAGAAAUACGCCCUUCAGAAGAUCACCCUGCUCAGAGAAAUCUCCAUCAAAGCUGGCAUCCAGAUCCUGAUAAAGGAGUAUAACUUUGACAGUCGCCACAAGCCUGCCUUCACAGAGGAGGACAUCCUUAACAUCUUCCCUGUGGUGAAGCACGUCAACCCCAAGGCCUCUGAUGCCUUUCACUUCUUCCAGAGUGGACAGGCCAAGGUCCAGCAAGGUUACCUUAAGGAGGGCUGUGAGUUGAUCAACGAGGCUUUGAACCUGUUCAACAACGUGUACGGGGCCAUGCACGUGGAGAUCUGUGCCUGCCUGCGUCUGCUGGCUCGCCUUAACUACAUCAUGGGAGACCACCAUGAGGCUCUCAGUAACCAACAGAAGGCUGUCUUGAUGAGUGAGAGGGUGCUGGGCGUCGAGCACCCCAACACUAUCCAGGAAUAUAUGCACUUGGCUCUGUACUGCUUUGCCAACGGUCAGCUGUCCACUGCCCUGAAGCUGCUGUAUCGUGCCCGCUACCUCAUGCUGAUGGUGUGUGGGGAGGACCACCCUGAGAUGGCGCUGCUAGACAGUAACAUUGGCCUGGUGCUGCAUGGAGUAAUGGAGUACGACCUGUCUCUGAGGUUCCUGGAGAACGCCUUGGCCAUUAACUCCAAAUACCACGGACCCCGCUCCCUCAAAGUAGCCCUCAGUCAUCAUCUGGUUGCGAGGGUUUACGAGAGCAAGGCGGAGUUCCGCUCUGCGCUCCAGCACGAAAAGGAGGGCUACACCAUCUACAAAAACCAGGUGGGAGAGGCCCACGAGAAGACUAAAGAGAGCUCAGAGUACCUGAAGUACCUCACACAGCAGGCUGUGGCUUUGCAGAGAACCAUGAACGAGAUCUACAAGAACGGCUCCAAUGCCAGCAUCAUGCCACUCAAGUUCACAGCACCCAGUAUGGCCAGUGUUCUGGAACAGCUCAAUAUUAUCAACGGCAUCAUCUUUAUACCACUCAGCCAAAAGGACUUGGAGAACCUGAAGGCGGAGGUUCAGCGGCGGCAGCAGCUUCAGGAGUCAGGAAAAAGCUUGGAGGAGCUUACUGUGGAUGGUCCACUAGAGCUGGAGGACAAAAUGCCCAUGGAUGUUAAUGUUGAUUAAUGUCAAACCCUCCACACCACACUACUUUCUGCAAGGAAACAGAUGUUAUGCAACAGCCAUCUCCUUGAAUGAGCAUGUGGACCUGAGAACUGAGCUGUCUAAAAAUUAACAAUGAAAACAAGAAGGGUGAAGGGUUGUUAGGGGCAGUCAAAGAGAAACAUCUAUGUAUACAGUAGGUAGAGUGUUUUAUAAGAGGAGCUUCAAGGAGUAACAGAGCAAGAGUUACAGUAUAUACAGGGGUAGGAGAAUUUAAUAAAAAGGAGAAUAUAGAAUCCAUGUUCAAUCUGAAAGCCCGUAGCCUUGAGCUUUGGUAAAGAAACAGAAGGAGUAAGUGUGUGUGUGGCUGUGUGUGAAAGCGACCAAGGACGACCAUGACAUUGUAUUACCAGAGCCUUAUCCACUGUUCAUCCCACUCCACAUCAACCAACUGUUCCCUUUACCCUCUUCAACUUUUAGCCGAAGGACCACGGUUUACCCCGGCAACACCUCCAAUACUCCUAAGAGAGCCACCGAGGCGACUAGGGCUUCUGGUUUCACCAUGGCCCCAAGUUGCCUUGAAAUAACAACUGACACCCUGUCCCAAAACUCGGGAUAAUUAUUAUAUUUUUUUUUACUGUGAACUAGAUCAGACUAAGAAACAGUAAUUAAAAGUAACAGUGAUUUCUGUUGGGCUACAGAUUGGAAGUUCUCUUCUCGUGCGUUUAGUAUUGUUAAACCUCACCUCCAGGCAUCCAUUUACUCGCUUGUGUUCCCUACGGUCAGUCAAACUAUUUGUAUUUCUAUUUAUCCCAGGUGGGUGGCUGCUGUGUCCUUUGGUUCUAUCACAGCAAUGAAACAGUGUGCUCUCAACCAAUCUUUUAGAAUGAUUUGUUACACCUUUUUUCUGUAAAAAUGUAUCUUUUUGUAAAAUCAAAAUGAAAGGGGGAGAAGAGAAGAGAUUUUUAGGUCUGUCAAUUAUCCAUUAUUUGAAAGAUAGAAUCAUUGAUUUCUGCAACAGCUAAGAGCUUUGACGCACGAGGCUAAACUCACCCACUGUCUUGGUCCCGUACCUACCACACACUAACAGCGUGACACGAACCUAUGCACAUGCGCUGAUACUGUGUUGGUGCGAAGUCUUGGAUCUCGCUUAUCGCAUUAUCUGCGGUGCUGCUCGUGGCAACGUCAUUUCACUGAGUCUACCUUUAAGCCAUAUCUGUUUUUAUAGAAAAUAGGAGUGGAAAUAUGUAUAAAUAAAUCUGUCUUGGUGGUUUAGACAGGUACUUGAUCAAUGUUUAUGGAAAUGCAGAAAGGAAACGUCCAACUAUGGCUUGAGCAGUAGACUAUUGGUCUCUUAUCUUAGAUGUGUCCAGUCUUCUAUUUUGCCACUUUUAAAGAAUAUGUGCAUGUAUGUUUGUGUAGUCUGAGAGAAGGAAUCAGAUAUGGCCAUGGUUUGCAACACUUCUGCUACUUCAUAGUGUAAUGGCUAGGUUGGGUAAGCCACGACCUUCCAAAUGUUUUAUUUUUUAUACACAAAGGCUGUGUUGACACAGGAAGGCCAAUUCAGGUAUUUUGCCCAAUUAUUUGGUGGCUCCCGAGUGGCGCAGCGGUCAAAGGCACUGCAUCUCACUGCAAUCCCUGGUUCAAAUCCAGGCUGCUUCACAUCCGACAGUGAUUGGGAGUCCCAAAGGGCGGUGCACAAUUGGCCCAGCGUUGGCCGGGGCUUUGUAAAUAAGAAUUUGUUCUUAACUGACUUGCCUAGUUAAAUAUAGGUUAAAUUUAAAUUGACAAAAGAUCUGAUUGGUCAAAAGACCAAUUAGUGGCAAAAAGAUAAAAAUUGGCUGCCUGUGUAAACGCAGCCAUCGUAAAAUAAUGGGACGGCUAAUAUAAACUUUUAUUCUCAUGUAACAUUCUUGGCCAGCGAUGUUGUAAAUCUGCUCAUAUGAAGUGAUUAUGUGAGAAACUUCACCCUAUCAUUUGAUAGAAUAGACAGACUAAACACAGCACCACCAAAAGUGGGUUGAGUAAGGCUGCUUCAAUAUACCAAAAAGGACUGAUAGAGGUGUGUGUGCGCUUGUGUACAUGCAGUGUGUUCGACCCUCCUUUGCAAAUUUCUUCCUAAAAAUUGUUGUGCUGUCUAAAUGUAUGUGACUAAGGCAAUAUAGAAGAUGCUGGAACUAAUUAUUUUGAAGUGCUGCACUUGUGUUGCUGCAAGACAAACAGCUGUCAUUGUAAGUAAAAGGGUGUCACCAAGAGAGAGGGGAAAAAACACGAAUUUCUUGAUUAUUAUGCUCCUGAAAAAAAUUGUGGAACAAUAAUAGAACUUGGUAUGUGAUUGUGCCUAAUUUAUGCUUUGAAAUGAAACCAGGGUGUUAUUGGUUUUUUGUCAGCCCUUCAAAGCUUUUUUAAAAUUUGAUUUAUUUUAUUUUGGUUUCUUUUCAUUUGUACUUAUGUAUGUCAUAGGGACAUCACUGGUUUCCUUUUUGAAGUGUAUGUGCAUUUCCUUCCUCCCCUCAGGUUCAACUUCCUCCUUUAUGAAUGUCAGUCCUGUCUUGCAGUACCCUUAGUGGCCAUGGGGCGGUGCACUAGAGAGUACUUCCUUUGGAAUUAUCAGAAACAAAUGAAAAGGCUUUAUUAAUGUGAAAAAUGUUUUUGUCCCAUAAGGAUGUUCAAAAGCAUAUGUCCAGGCUAGUGUGUAACUAUUUCAUAUGUUUCUCAUUCGAUUGACUUUGAGGGAAGCAAAAUAAACAAGUAUUUGAUGGAAUUGAUGAUGACAUGAACCUGAAAAAUUGCAAAGGCUGCUACUUGAUGAACAUUGGUGAACUUGUUGAAAUCCUUAAGUCUAUUGUUUGAGACUUAGACAUUUCUGAUAGAAUAAACUCGUUGAGAGUGAUCAAAAAUGCUUUUGUCUGCCUAGAGAUCUAUUUUUUUUCCAUGGAUCAUCAAAUCAUGGUGCUUCUAUUCUAUUUAAUCACCAAGGCACUAAUUCUUGUUGUUGAGCUGUAAUUAUGUUCUAAUUGUGUAGUAAUAUACCUCUUGAUACAUUCAAGUAAUUUUAUGAUAAAAUGAUUUGACUGUUCUUUAGAUUAAUUCAGUAGGGAGUGACAGACCUCCAGUUUAUUUUAUCAAAGCAAAGACCAUGUAUAAUUUUGUCAAUUUAACAUUUUCAAUUUCCAGAUCAUUCAUAUUACAUAUUGCUUCAUCUUAUGUAAACCCCUUGGUUUGUAUGGAUGGAUGUCUUUAAAUUCUGAAUGUCUCCAAAUGUAGAUUACAAAACAAAACCUGAAUGUUGAGUGAAAUGUUUGUGCAAAAUUACAUUUUGGGCGUUUAUAAGGCCAUAAGGCAUUGGAGAAGUCACCUGAACAUUCAAAGCUCUUCAAAUCACUCCCAGCACUUCAUCGAUGUCAAACAUAGGAGACUGUUAUUAUGUACAUUUACACGCAUGCAUUUUGUGUUCUACCCAAUUUUAAUUAAAAAUGUGUAUUUGUUGAGAUGACACAUCUAUUUACCUAAACGUCACACAAGAAGCCACCAAUAGAUCGGUCUAUUUACUACUUUAAAAAAAUAGAAGGCUCUGACCAAGAUUUCAUAGUUCAACUGAGCUGGGUUGUCUGCACUCUUGUCUAGUGGGGAGAAAAAGAGGUCCUAUGGGGCAAAGACAGUACAAAUCUGGUCUCUAUCACCUCAGUGUAGAUGGAUGUCUAAUGCGCACUGAUCAGCUUGCAUUGUCUCUGUGUGGCACUCAAAAUGAGGGUUUGUCUGUUUGAGGGUUUGUUCUUCUGUUUUCUCUUUUCUUGAACUAAUGAGAUUUUUUCUGCAUAUUCUAGUGUUAAAGUCUGCUUCCCUUGCUGUGUGGUACCUAUCUGUUGCUCUUUACAAAAUAACAAUCUAAUUAUUUUUGGUCAGAGUAUGCUUUUGUAUUAAAAUUAAUAAAGAAAACUAGCAAAUAA